GGUGGAGUGAGAAAAGCGAGAGGAAAAACCAGAGAGAGAAGCAAAGACGAGAAUGGAGGCGAAGCUAAACGAGCUGACUCAGAACUUCGGGCGAUUCAAAGCGGCGUUGAUCCGUAAUGAUUUCGAUACAGCUUCCAAUCUCCUUUCGGAUCUGAAGGUUUUGCUUACUCAGUUCACCAGCUUACCGCCCCUGUAUCAAGAUACACCUAAUGCGGCUAAGGAAUUAGAAAUAGCAAGGGAUAUAUAUGAGCAUGCUGUUCUUCUGAGUGUGAAGACUGAGGAUCAGGAUGCAUUUGAGAGGGAUUUCUUUCAGCUGAAGCACUAUUACACAGAUGUUCGUAACCGUCUUCCUCCAUCCACCCAAGAGUACCCAAUCUUAGGUCUCAACCUGUUGAGGCUCCUUGUCCAGAAUAGAAUAGCUGAGUUUCACACAGAACUGGAACUGCUCUCAUCUGCUGCUUUGGAGAACCCCUGCAUUAAGCAUGCAGUGGAGUUAGAGCAAUCUUUUAUGGAGGGAGCUUACAAUCGGGUUUUGCAUGCUCGGCAGACAGCGCCACAUGAAACUUAUGUUUAUUUUAUGGAUCUACUGGCGAAAACAGUCAGGGAUGAGAUAGCUGGCUGCAGUGAGAAGGCAUAUGAUUAUCUCUCAGUUAAGGAUGCACAAAAAAUCUUGCUGUUCCCUUCUGAGCGUGAACUUUUGGCCUAUGUCAACGAGGAUCAUCCUGAAUGGGAAGUAAAGAACGGCGGGGUCUAUUUCCAGAAGGCCAAGGAGACUGCCCCUUGCAAGGAGAUACCUUCUCUGCAGCUUAUCAAUCAAACUCUCAGUUAUGCAAGAGAGUUGGAGCGGAUUGUUUAACGAAAAAGGUGCUGAAUGUGGUUUAUUCACAACACCCAUCAACUGUGCUGAUACUGUCGCUUCAAAAUUUCUUUCCAAUUGUAGUAGUAUGCAGGAUGCAGCCUAAAAUUUGUCAACAUUUGAUUGCCAUUUGACCACUUUUGUGUGGCAAUUAGCAUUUACUGCUGUGAUUGAUGUACUUUUGAAUACUUUAGAAUGUUUUUGUUGGAAACUCCUUCGGCAGAAAA